AUGGCGGCAGCGGUAAAAUGGGCGAUAUCAGACAGAACUAUCUGGAAACAUGUAUUUCCAAUCCAAAAUGGAGCUUUAUCUAGUGCUUGUCACAAAUCUACAUAUUCUUCUGAUCCGGAUGACUACAACUGCAAGGUAGACCUGGCUUUGACAUCCGACCGCAGGACAAUAGUGUGCUACCGCCCUUCCAUAGGACGUCCCCUAUGAACACACCAAACCCAUCUCUCAAUCCGAUCUUCUCCAUAAUAAUGAAGAAACACAC